AUGUCAAGUCGUGCUUUUAAAAGAGCUGCAAAUAAAGAAGAUUCACUUUCUUUAAAACAUGCAAAUGAUGAAUCGGAAGAAAUUAUCGAUGAUUCUGAUCAUGAGCGUCCGAAAAAGAAUUUAUUUGAUUUACUAAAUGAAGAAAAUGAAGGGAUUGAAGAUGUUGAUCAAAAUUCUGAAAAUGAAAAUAUAAGUGAAAAGACUAAAUCAGGAAAGAAAGUUGAAGAAAUGAAUGACUCUGAAUUGGAAUCUUUAAUUCGUGAAGUUUCUGAAAAGUUUGGUGAUUCUUCACAGCCAAUAAAUGAUGAUUCUACCGUUGAUGUUAGUUCUUCAUCUCCUGCUCCAUCAAAUAUUUCAUUUCUAGUUGUUGACACCCGCUUAUUAGACGAUGAUGGAGAAAUGAGAAGAAUGUUUUCUUCUGGCGUUGUUGAUAGAGAGAUUCGAAAUCGUAAUUAUGCACGAACUGUUAAAAAGACUGUACUGGCAAAACCAAGGCAAAACUGGCCACCCAUCACAAAGUGUGGUCUUGGGAUGGAUUUAUUAGAAGAGAAAGAUGGUGUUCUUCAUUUCACUUUCACUCAUUCUCAGCAAUAUCAAUCUGUUCAGUUGUCUUUUAUGCAGUGCGUCUCUACACAUGAUCCAAAUACUAUCUAUGCUCUUAUACGAGAGAAUCCAUAUCAUAUAGAUUCAUUAUUACAAAUGAGUGACAUUUACAAGAUGUCUAGUGAUUUGGUUAUGGCACAAGAAUUUCUGGAACGUGCUUUGUACUCAUUUGAAAGAAAUUUUCACAUAAAAUUCAAUAUCACAAGAGGAACUGCUCGAAUGUGUUAUAAACGUUAUGAAAAUAGGUCAUUUUUUCUUGCCCUAUUUCGUCACAUACAAUCAUUAUCUCGUCGUGGAUGCUGGCAAACAUCCUUUGAGUUCACUAAACUUUUACUUUCUUUGGAUCCGAUAAACGAUCCUUUAUGUACGUUACGUUUUAUUGAUUAUCUUGGAUUAAAAGCUCGUCAAUAUUCGUAUGUACUAUCUUUGGCAAAUGAAUGGAAUCAUCAUGAUUUACAAAAUUGGCCGAAUUUUGUUUAUUCUGCUGCAUUGGCAAAAUUUCAAUUGGAGCUACAGAAUGAUAGCAAAAAUCCUAUUCAUGAUGUUAGCACAGCAAUGUUGGAAAGAGCUAUUCUUUACUUUCCUUCAAUGGUACUAUUGUUGGCCGAAAAAUGUGAUAUUCAACUUGAUUCUGAUGUUGUUGAAGAUCCAUUUCUUCAAGAAACACCGACUUCAGACUACCUAAGUUUAUUAAUAGACCUUUAUGUGGAUCUAGCAUCACCAUUAUGGGCACAACCUGAAGUUAUUAGUUGGCUACAAACUGCGUUAUUUAACGUAUUUGUGAAGCAACAAAUUCCAUCUUAUAAAGCUUGUUUGACGCAUGAUGAAUUUAAUGGAGCUUUUGAUCAUGGAAAAAAUAUUCGUGAAAAUUUAUUUAAUGAUCCAAUUCCAUUGGAUUUGAGUCGAUAUAUUGUAGUUUCAGAAAUCAAUUUAUAUGAUCCAUUACCUCCACCAGAUGGUAUUAGUCCUUAUAGAACACAAAAUACAUCAUCGGCUUUUACACGUAUUUCAGAUUUUGAAAAUGUUCUUGUGGAUGAUUUACGUACAUUUUUGGAUAGAGUACCUAAUGGAAAUGUUCGUAUGCUUGCUGAACGUAUACAUCAAAUAGCUGAUGUUACAAAUUUACAAGCCGCUGCUGAAAGAUUGAUUGGCUUACUUGUUGGAACUCAUAUUGAUAAUGAUGAUAAUGGUGAUAAUUUACCAGCUCAAGAUCAAGAACUCGUUAUGCCUGGUGGAUUUCCUCGUGAUAAUGAUAAUAUUGAACCUAAUCAAGAAUCUAAUCAAGAACCUAGUUCAGGACUUAAUCAAGAAUCUAAUCAAGAGACUAAUGAAUCAGAAAAUACAGAUACAUUGAUUGCGCAAGCAGAUAACCGUGAUGAUAAUGAAGCACAUGAAGAAUAA